AUGUUGAAGUUUGGAUUUUUGAACACCAAGAACGCACUUUGUGCUGCAAACGUGGUUUAUCUGAUGAUGGGUGUGUCUCUGAUGGCGGCAGCUAUUUAUGGCAAAAGUUUUGGUAUCGUAUCAAGUUUGAGGAUCAUCAGUGGAGCGAUGGCGAUCGGGUUCCUCCUCAUCCUCGCCUCCAUCAUGGGAAUUAUUGGCACUCUUCGACAAAACCAGAUCGUCCUAUUUGUUUACAUCCUUGUCCUGCUGCUGGUGUUUAUCUUCCAGUUCACUGUUUCCUGUUCCUGCCUUGCCUUACGAAGAGAAAAGCAGGAGGAAUUACUCAGUGAAUCGUGGGCACUGAUGAGUGACGUUAGCCGCCGGACUCUGGAGCAGCAGCUGGAUUGUUGUGGUCUGUUGAACAGUUUAGAAAAGUAUCAGGAGUUCAGAAUGGACGUGAACAUGUGCACCGCUGUGUGUAAAGGAACAGGUUACUGCUUCACAUGUGGAGAUCUGAUGCUGCAGAGAGCUGCAGAGACGCUAAAGUUCCUGGGUGGAGUUGGUUUGUUCUGCAGCUUCUCACAGUUGGUGACGGUGUGGUUGGCAGUUCGUUACAGAAACAUGAAGAAUCCUCAGAUUACCAACACCAGCGCUUCAUCGUGAUCGUUCAUUCUUAUAUUCA